UUUACUUUCAAAGGACAGUUCCGGAACAGUGUUUACAAGUGUCGUGCAAAAAUUUGACUUUUGUCAAAUUUCGCUUGAUCCAAAGAAUUUUGGAUCAUCGUUUUCCCCGGAUUACGUCGUACCCGUUUUCGGGUACUUACCAACGUCGUCCAUCUUUUUCGGGUUCAGCCUCUGGCUAUUUUCCGGUAUUUUUGUGUUUUGUAAUCCGUUUUGCACCUUGUUUAACCCAUAACUGUUUCUGUUGACUGCCCUGCAGGUAACAGCUUGUCGGUUUUACGUUUUGAUACUUGUUUCACACUCUUUGAAAGCGUCAUGUCGGAUUCACUGAAUACCGGCGCUAAUGUGUCUUCGGCUGCAUUGAUCAGCGAAUCUAAUGCUGUAUGCGGCAGCGGGAGCUGCUCAAAGCCCGUGACGGACGAGUCUGGUGGCAUGCAGUGCUAUGUAUGCAACUGCUGGUACCAUGAGACCUGUACCGAUUUGAGCCCUGAUCAGUACGCAAUGCUUUCGACUAGCGAUAGCAUGCUGUUCAAUUGUCUUCUAUGCCGUCGCCGUCGAUCUACGCGUCUUGAGGUCACUGAGGAGACAUCGAGCAACGUCGGGCUGGGUAACCAGCAGUUGUGGUCUUUCCUCAUAUCUCUUGAUCGGAAAGUGGAGUUACUGAUGAGGAAUAUGGGAGUCUCUAUUGAUGUCGGCUCAUUGGAGGAAGACACGCAACUAACCUCAAUUGCUGUCGAUGAAAAUCCGACUGAGGUGAUGGCUACCGUGUCGUGUGUCCCAGCGGUCCAGAAUGCCUCUAAAGGGGCCUCUGAUGUCGUACUGGAAGCCGUCCAAAGCGAGACCGAACUUAUGGCCCCUGGGCCCAAUAAAAGCAAGAGGAAGAGGGCUAAGAAAGUCCGUAAGGCUGCCUCAAAGCCUGAAGGUACUGAAAGCAUUAAGGUAUUGGAGGUGGAACACAAAACUCCAACUCCAAUCACCCCAGUUCCAUUGGCGAAGCAACGCGCCGUGUCGACUUCGGCCACACCCGCAAAGUCUGAAAAGACUAGACCGGUGAGGGAGUUGGAGGCAGAGAAUAAAGCCUCAACCUCAAUUACUCCAGCUCACUUGGCGAAGAAACGCGCCGUGUCAUCUGCCAAACCGGUCGAAACUGAGGUCGCGUCGAAGACGCGUGGAGUGAAUACGCCUCGUCGAGGUGAUUCUUUUACUGAUAGUAGCGUUAUCUUUCGUAACGUUGCUGAAUCCGCGGCAGCUCUUCCAAAGGAACGCAUGCUGGAUGACCUCCAGUGGUUCAAGCUCUGCGUCAACAAGAUGCUUCCACCUGGUUUCCCCGGUGUCACUAUCAGGAAACUAACCAGAUUGGGGAACGUCCCUGUAGACACGCCAAAUCCGCGACCCCGACUACUUCGUGUAGUCCUCUCAACCCCGGAGGAACGCAAAGCGUUAAUGCGCUUUGCAUUCAAACUCAAGGGUAGUAAUGUCAGCGUUCAGCCGGACCUCCCACUGGCAGAUCGACUGAAGUUAAAGGAAGCCAUCAAAAGCCUCAAGAGCAGGCGGGCGGCUGGUGAGCAAGGCCUUCGUCUUGUGGGUUUUCAGGUGGUCAGCCGGAAGUCAAAUUCUGCCCUACCAGAACCUCUCCUGGUAGCGUACGACCCAGGGCUGGUCGUGCCGAGUUCCUUCGGGUAGUGCUUAGUAAUGUGCGUAGCCUAAGGAACAAGGUACACGAGGUGGGUCUACUUGUAGACAAAUCUCGUCCCGACAUACUUGCUAUCACCGAAACGUGGCUGUCCCCGGAUAUCACAGACGGUGAAGUAUGUUUUCCUGGCUACGCACUGCUUAGAUGCGAUCGCUCCGUUGGCCGCCAAGGUGGGGGCGUCGCUCUUUAUGUGAGUUGUAAACUCGAUGUGUUGAGGACCUGUGUGUUCCAGUCGCCGGAUCAAACUGUUGAAGCCCUCUCGACUAUUGUGUGCACUUCCUCUGCUCAGUUUACAGUUGUAGUGGUAUAUCGAAGUCCUGGAAGUAUCUCCAGGGAGGUUAUUGAAUUUAUUCGUACUCAGGCUGCCAAUAGGUGUCUAAUACUGGGUGACUUCAACCUCCCUGAAGUCUGCUGGGCUGAUCUAUCUUGCAGUUCGGCGGUGGGCACUUUCGGUUCGGAUCUCCUUGAGCUAACAUUGCAACUGCCUUUGCAUCAGUUCGUGGACCUCCCGACUAGAUAUAUGCGCAACCAAAUUCCGUCUACCUUGGAUCUCAUUUUUGCGAAGUCACACGAUUUCGUAAGUGAUAUUACCUACGACUGUCCUCUAGGAGCCAGUGACCAUGUCUGCAUAUCCUUUCGAUGUGCUCUAACUAAGUGUCAUCAAGCUACCGCUGAGGCAUGUCCAAAUAUUUGGCGGGCAGACUUUAACGCAAUGCGAGACAAAGCUUCAGUUUUGCGUUGUGCGAUCACCGUGGCUGACACCGUUGAGACAGCCUGGGAGAAAUUUAAGGCAUACCUCACCGAGAUCUCUGCUCCCCACAUCCCACUCACUAAGAGAAGGGUGACACGGGCGCAGCCUCCAUGGAUAGAUCAUACAGGUAAAUACCUGCUCAGGAAGCGCUCUAAGUGCUGGCGAACUUACCAAGCGGCUUCAUCAACCAGCACCUACGAAAGCUAUCGAGCGGUUAGAAAUAAAUGUAAGCAUCAUCUUAGAACUCUUCGUCUUCAGUACGAGGAGGAUUUGGCUAACGCAGCCGUAACAAACCCAAAGAAGUUCUUUGCUUACGUAAAGAGACGUAGCGGUACAAACUCGUCUAUACCGGCUUUACUACGAGCGGACGGGACCCAUGGGCAUACCGACUAUGAUAAUGCCUGUAUACUUAGCGAACAGUAUACUGGUGUCUUUUCUCAUGAGGCCUCUCUACCUCAGGUUGAGCUGGUCACAAAAGUUCCGGAGGAUUCUUGCCUAACUGAAAUCAGCAUAACGGAGACACAAGUCUUCGGGCUAUUGCAAGGGCUAAAUCCUUCCAAAGCUUCUGGCCCUGAUUCAAUUCAUCCGAAGCUGAUGCAUGAAUUGGCCGCUGAGCUAAGUGGCCCUCUGACAUGCAUGUUUACAAUAUCACUCGACAGCUGUGCCUUACCUUCGGAAUGGAAGAAGGCAAUCAUCUGUCC